AUAGUACAAGUGUCGCCGCGACCAUUUUGCAGUUUCAGAGAAAAUGGCGACCACGACAGACGUGUCUUAUGACAAGCACACUGAUGAUGUGGAGAACAUUGUGCCGGAGUUCGGACCCAGCACCAAAGCUAGCGAUGGCGGGAGCUCCAAGAUGUGGACUCUGCCGGUCAUGACUAGCCUGGGUCUCACCAGGAGGGAGGUGGUGAUUGGUGGAUGUCUGGUGGGACUGCUGGUCCUUGUUCUCGUCCUCUCCAUAGUUCUGGGCGUCUUGGCGGCCGGACAGACGGGCCCCACCGCGGUGCAAGUCCCCUGCUCUGAUGCCGGCUGUCUGCAGGCCACCAGCCAACUCCUACAAAACCUCAACUCCUCUGCCAGGCCUUGUGACGACUUUUACAGCUAUGCAUGUGGAGGUUGGAUGCUGACCCACCCCAUCUCGCCAUCCGACCUGGAGAGGACUGUUCAUCAGGACAUCUACAACCAGAAUGCAGAAAAGAUCCGCCGGCUUCUGGACACUCCCAUCGCAUUCUCGGACACACUGGCUGAUCAAAAGGUGAAGACCUUUUACAAGGCUUGUGUGGAUGAAUUUGAGAACACAAAGCGAAGAGGCGGGCCUCUCCUGGGGGUGAUACAGAAGCUUGACGGUUGGUACGUACUGGGGAACCAGCCAGGAUCAGCAGACACCUGGGACAGAAACACGGCCCUGAAGUCUGUGCAGUUAGACUACUGGGUGACAACCUGGUUCAGAACAUACAUGAACAGGGACUUUGAUGACCCUAAACAGAUAAUAGUGCAGAUAGACCAGGCUGGCCUGACCCUGCCAGCUUCCUGCUACCUAACACCAGACUUUGCAAACUGUGCCCAGAGACUAGACGCCUACAGGAAUUACAUGAAGACCGUAGCAGUUCUACUGGCUAGAGACUAUGAUGUCAACGACACGCAGGUUAUCAGCAGGAUCCUCACAUUUGUGGAAGAUAUCAUUGACUUUGAGACAAUGCUUGCAAACAUCACUCGCAGUGCCCAACGCCCCCCGUCUCCUGCACAGAGAGAUAACAAGAUCAGUUUGUCUGAACUUGGCAGUCAGGCACAGAUGAAUUGGGUGGACUUCUUUCAGCACCUGUUCCCUUCCGCUAGUGUCUCUGGUGACUUCCAGGUUGUAUUGUAUGAGAAAGACUACGUACAGAAGGUUGCACAGUACAUCUUCAGCUUUGGCCCCAAGUUAAGGAAGUACCAUAACUACCUGAUGUGGCGGCUGAUCCAGACGUAUGUGCUGGAGCUGAGCUCAGACUAUGUCCAUGCCUAUCGCAUCUUCUAUGAAGCUGUGACGGGAAGAUCAGAGUUUCCUGAGAAGUGGAAGCUCUGUUUUGAGAUGACCCACCAAAGACUCCGCUGGGCGCUCAGUUCUCUGUAUGUCAGAGAUCACUUUGCUGAUGACAGUAAAGAUAAAGCAGAGGAAGUGGCUGUCAGAAUUAAGAGAGUCACAACAGACAGCAUCUCCAAACUUGGCUGGAUGGAUACAGCCACUCAGGCUAAGGCGGCAAGCAAGAUCCAGGCACUGGUAGACCAGAUUGGGUAUCCUGACUGGCUGAUGAAUGCAGAAAAAAUGGGACUGUAUUAUUCUGGGCUUGAUGUUAAUGCCAGUGACCACUUUGGAAAUGCGAUAAAUACAGCCCUGUUUGAGAGGAACCUGUGGGACAGACGACUCAGUAACCAGGUGCUGAGGACAGAGUGGGACAUCGAUGUGUAUGGGAUCAUAGCACACUACCUGGUCCACUGGAAUGAACUACUCUUCCCAGCUGGCUUGCUGCAGUUCCCUGUGUUUGAAUCUACAAUGCCAAGGUGGAUGGUGUAUGGAGCUAUGGGCAGUAUCUUAGGAAGGGAGAUCAUCAACUCUGUGGAUGAGUUUGGUGGCAGAUUUGAUGGCAGGGGACAGCUGAAGGACUGGUGGAGUAACAAAACUAAACAGGACUACAGUCAGCAGAGGGCGUGUGUUAGUGACUUCUGGUCUGGCUUCUCCAUCAAUGUUUUUGACACAGAGGUUCCCAUCAUAGGAACCAGAGUGGCACAGACCCUGAUCGCUGAGCUGGGUGGCGUCAGGCAGGCUUUUUAUGCCUACAGAGACUGGGUACAAGAGGCAGGAGAGGAACAGAUGAUCUCCAGCUUGGGCAUCACAGCUGAUCAAGCCUUCUUCAUAGCGUAUGCACAGACAAACUGUGCUGUAAACACCCCUGCUGCAGACUAUCGCUGGGUAUCAGGCUUCAAUGUGCCACAGAACCUCAGGGUGCAAGGAACUCUAGCCCACCUGCAGGAGUUCCAGGCCACGUUCCAGUGUCAGGCUGGUGACAGGAUGUUCCAGCAGGACAGAUGUGAUGUGUUCUAGUCAGACAUGGAUGUGAUGUGUUCUAGUCAGACAUGGAUGUGAUAUGUUCUAGUCAGACAUGGAUUUGAUGUGUUCUAGUCAGACAUGGAUGUGAUGUGUUCUAGUCAGACAUGGAUGUGAUGUGUUCUAGUCAGACAUGGAUGUGAUGUGUUCUAGUCAGACAUGGAUGUGAUGUGUUCUAGUCAGACAUGGAUGUAAUGUGUUCUAGUCAGACAUGGAUGUGAUGUGAUCUAGUCAGACAUGGAUGUCAUGUGUUCUAGUCAGACUCAGCUCAUUUAAGCUAAGGGCACAACCUGCCGUACGUGUUAUUUGUCCAUACGUUUUUUUUGGGGAGGGCACGUCUGCCACAUUUUUUUAAAACGUGGGCCGGGGAAGAGAUGGCAACAGCAGGGAGGGAGCACGUCUCAGUGCACGUCACUUGCAAGGUUGCACAGAGUGUAACCAUGCCGAGAGCAGUUGCGUGCAUUGAUCAUUGCACAAGUGGUAAGUGAGUUGUACGUAUGAUGUCUGAGUGAAUUGCCACAUUACCACAUGCAGGCCAUACUUACACGUGCUGCGUAAGUACUGUUUCCUUACUCACAUUGGCUGCACGGGGCACGCGCGUCGCCCGUACCGACUCCUACGGGGGGCAGAUUUGCAGCCCGAUUGCAGACAAAGUUGCAAGUAACGUUCU